ACUCAGUCAGCCCAGCGUCCAGUCGUGACUUGUGACCUUAUGCUCUCAAGCAUUCUGCAUCCGAGCAUCGCCCGCGCGCCUUUCCUCCAAGUGCUACAAGCUCUUGCCGCACAUGUUUGACGGGUCGCAAGAUUCAAGUCUCCUCCGCCCGGGCAUUUGAACUUUCUUCCUUGUCUACUACAUCCUGCGUGACUACUGCUUUCCUUCCUCCUUGCACGGCAGCAAGUCCCGCGCUUGUUGACGUCAACCCCUUCUCCCAGAAAGGUGCUACUCCCAGAGACGCGCCAUAUCCGGCCUGACGUACUUGACUUGACCACCAUCUUGUGUUGGCUUCAGUGCAAGACAUCAAUCGUCGUCAUUCUCACUAACUGUCGUUUAUCGACUUUUUUUUUUGUCCUUCUUUCUUUGUGGUUCUUGCAAAGGAAGACGGGCAGGCCAAAGGAUUUCCGGUCUUCAAUCACCAUGGUAAGCUGAUCACAAAGGGAGUCAUCAGACAUGGGGAAAGAAAAACGGACACAGCCGGGCCCUCGCGGUACGGCCAAGGAUCGGCACAAGAAGGCUGGCAAGGUCAGCAAGCCCAUCGACCGCAGCGCGCCGCUGCCGCCGGGACUUGUCGCCGCGAAACCGGUCAACGCGAUUGUCAGCAACAAACACCAAACGUAUUUCGAGUUCAUCGAGAACAAGGAGAGGAAGAAGCCGCUGCUUCUCGAGAACACCACGAACACGGAUCCGCCUCCCGGCAUGCGGUAUAUUCCCAUCGGGAACCCUGAACUGACCGAGCGAUGCCAGGACAUCUCGAGAGAGUUGGGCGCGUCGGUAUACAUUGUGACAAAAGCCAAGAAGGACGCGUCGGACCUGAGCCUACAAAUCCACCGAGUCGGCUACCACAUUCGUGAAAGCAUUGUGGACCGGGCCUUGGCGGAGCUUGGCUUGACUGACAUUUACGUACCCGAACUCAUCGGCCAAGGUGACGGGGGGCUGGUCGAGAAAAUCCCCGAUAACCAACACGAAAUCGACAAACAGGCGGACGCUGCCCUGCGCGAGCUUUUCCCCCGGAUCCCGAAUACUGAUCGACAACAAAUCAUCGAUCAUGCCUUCCAGAAAGGGAAACAGUUCAAAGGCGACCCGGUCGUAGGACUCCAGCAAGAUCUUUCUCUCUCGCGGCGAGUGCAGUUGGCGGUCCUGGCGCACAUUCGGCACAACCAUACCAGAUAUGACGAGCUUCUUAGGGAGACAACCUGGCACAACGCCAGAAGAGCCACCGAGCAGCUCUGCUUGGACAUCCUCGUCAAGUGGCGAGGCGAUGACGAGAAUGGCCGGAACCAACUUGACGAAAUCCUUCGCGAAGUCGUGGUGCUCUCUGACGACUCCGAUGAUGAGGACUCAGGCGAGGAGCCCGACUCCGAAUCAUUAGAGAUACUCACUGACAGGCCUCAUAACACUGGCGGGAGGGCGUUGGCGUCAGUCCCACCCCAGAGUAUCACCAACAGCCGCAAACGUUUGUCAACAGCGUUGUUGUCUCAUCCAGGAUCCCCGGUGCCCCAUGUGACGCCCGGAACAUCUAGGAGAGUCGCCAAGAGGGCAUGCAAACGUGCUAAGCACCGUGAGCGUAACUUCAGCCGAUACGAGGCUGCUAGAGAUGCUGCUUGGGACAACGCUAUGCAGCGGCAGAGAGCGCCCGGCGGUCCUCCGGACCAUCCAGGCAUGGCGGACAGUUCCGCCAGUCACGGCUCAUACCCCCAGAGCCGACCUGUUGCACCUGGUGAGAACAGAGCUCCCGUGAAUGAUGGCGGCCAUCCGCUUCCGCAACCGCGGCUUCUCUCUGGAAAGUCCAGCGGCGACUUCCAUGAGGAUAGGCACCAUAUAGAUGGUCCUUAUGCAGCACGGUCAUGGCCCACGCAUUCCCAGCACAUGCCGUUGGGUCUUCCAACGCAGAAGGUAAAUGAAACUAGCAACACUCUCAGUCGCGGUCCCAUGAGCCAUGGGAACCCGGAGAGUCACAAUCUGCAAGACUUCUUGCAUCCUUCCAUUGAGCCGCGAUCGCCUGAUCCUCUGCGGCCUCCAUCACGCUAUACCCGUGGCAUGGUGGAGUACACGGAGCGCAGAGGUGACAAUCUGCAAUACCACUUGAACUCCCCACCUCGUGGCCCGGUUGUGCGAGAUGCGCACCCCUUGCAUCGGCCUCAGAUCCACCAGACAUAUCCCGUACAUGCUAGGUCUCCGCAUGUAGACCAGGACCGGGUUCGCGCCCCUGAGAUGACAUACCACAAUGUGCCACAGGACGCCCCUCGACUUGCCGAUUAUCACACAGCACGGGACUAUGGCUCUGCCAUCCCGUAUGGUCGUGUUGACAGGAUCCUGCACCAGGAUAGCCAGUAUGAGCGACGUCAUAGCAGUGUCCCGGGAGAAGAGGCCAAUCCCAUUAUGAUUGAGGAUCAGAAUGUUCACCAAGGCAGAGUCUAUCUCCGCACCGGGGAAAGUGUUAGGGACAGAUUCGGCCCUGAUGUCGAGAUACUCACCGUCCGCCGCCCUCGGCGCGACGAUGGCCUGGACCCCCAACGGCCCAUUCCAACGGACGAAGGCUUCAUUCGCUUGCGAGAGAACCAACCUAUGGAGCCACGGAAUGGGCUGGCAGAGGAUGGCUUCCUGCGACUCAGAGAGCGCACUGUUGUUAGGCCUGGACCUUCAGCGUACGCCAGCCAUGCCUGGCCCUCUCUCGAUGAUUCUCGGACUAAUGAUCUGCCUCGCUUCCGGCCGAACGGUAUUCCUGGACAAGCCAUUUAUGUGAGAGGUCCUGAACGACCGCCCCCCGCUGACCUUUCAUAUCAUGGGCCCGGAUAUGAACGGGUCGACAAAGCCGGGGUCGAGAGAGUUGUACAGCGCGACCUUCCGCCGCCUGCAUAUGGCGGAGCGCCAGUCGAACGUCAUGCACAUCAUCCACCACAAGGAGCAUACGGCAUUGCCGUUCAUCGACACGCGAGGCAGAUGCCCAGCGCAAGAGAUCCGUUGGGGCUUGAUUCAUACCCACCUGCACAACGACAUUGGCCACGCGCAAACGGCGACGUGAUUGUGCUUGAGUGAACCACGAUUGGACACGCGACACGACUGCAAGAGUGUACUUGAACCUGAAGGUUACGAAGAGAAUAGGCGGACCAUGCAUGGACAACAGCAUUUACAGGGCGUUUGAGGGAAUAGCAUCAGCGGGGAAUAUUCAUUAGUCUGGGAGGUAAGCCUGGACCUUGGUUCUUCGUAUGACAGCCAGGGUAGGCUUGCUUUUGUCCGAGAAAGAUAUAGGAGGACUGUGUAGCGUUGAUACCCAAGGCCGAUGAGCAAGAUUGCUCCAGAUUUUGUGUUUGGUAGAGGGAUAGCAUAGCCCAUCUAUGACUACUUGACGGAAUACGGCAUUAUGAACGGAAUGGAAAGUACGCAUCAGCUUCAUGUUGAGCAAUUGCGACC